AUGCCGAUUUUGGAUGAUGAUGCCAUGCCCUUUACAGAACAGGACUUGCUUCGAGCUUUGCGGAACAUUCCCGCUACUAAAGCCGUUGCCAAACCUUUUGUUGCUGGCUUUGUUUGGAAAUCGCAAGCCUCUGUCAUCACUCCUUUUUUGUAUCGUGCUCUAUGCACAUGGUGGAGUGCAGGAGCAGCCUUCCUGCCUCAGUGCUGGAAAGAUGCCUGGAUGAUGCUCAUCCCCAAACCGGGCAAAGCUCCGGUGGUGCCUGAAUCAUUGCGCCCUCUGGCGCUGCAGGAACCCAUCGGCAAGGCAGUGAUAGGAGUGCUAGCUCAGAAAGCCCAAUCUCAAUCACAAUCAUGCUUUGCUUCCCUGCCCUUUUGGGCGUAUUUGCCCUGCCGAUCGACACAACAUGCACUGCAACGUGUAGCGAUUCAUUGCCGUGCGGCCAGAGCACUGGUGAGCUCUCAGAAACCCACGGCUUUCCACCGAUAUCAAAAUCUCCCAAGUUUCAAGGUUUGUGGGGCCAUACAGUUGUUUGUAGACCUGCAACGAGCAUUUGACUGCAUCUCCAGGGUUGACUUGUUUAGCAGACUCUGUGACGUCGGUGUGAACACCAGGAUUGCUCAGCUACUAGCCAGCUGGCACUGCCAGACACACUACCAUGUUGCGGUAGGAGGGCACAGCCAUGCACUGCCUGUUGGAUCUGGCGUACGCCAGGGAUGUAAGGCUGCACCCUGGUUAUUCAACGCCUUUCUAGCUCUCUACAUGCAAGAUUUGGAAGCUCAUAUUGACAUGACUUGGCUUAGAGAUCACCUUGAUCUCUACGCCGACGACUUUAGGGUUGGUUGCCUGUUUCAUAGCGAGUAUGAGCUCAAGAUGGUUUUGCGUAAGUUUGGUAUUCUCCUGGAGCAAUUACAGCAGCAUGGCCUCACCGUCAAUACUGCAAAAUCAGCCAUCUUGCUUACCAUGGCUGGGACCUCCUACCGAGAUGUGCGCGCCAGACUUGUGACCCAGACUGCGGAUGGUCAGUGGAUCAAAAUAUUGGGCACUCAAGGGCAGCUCUUUCAGAUUCCACUUGUCAAGAAGCUCAAAUAUCUUGGUUGCAUUGUCAGCUACGAUCGCAUGGAGACUGACACGCUCAAACAUCGACUGUCCCUCAUGAAGAUUGCAUUUGAUCGUUUGCGCAAGUGGCUCACAGCUAAACAUGGACUGACUUUGCCAACCAGAAUGCGACUCUGGCAGACAUGUGUUGUACCAGUUUUGACAUAUGGGAUUUUUGUGAUUGGAUUGACACCAGCAGAUCUGCAACGAGUUCAGGUCACGAUGUUUACCAUGAUCAGACAGAUUUUGCACAACCACUCAUAUCGCACUGGCAUGACACACAAUGCAGUUCUGAGCCACUGGAACCUUUUGCAUCCGCUAGUUUUGCUUUGGCAAGCUGCUGACUCCCUUUUUCAGUCAGUGACCCAGUGCCUACCUGGUUUGCGAUCAGAUGACGUUGCGAAAACCAUUGAUUGGACUGGCCUUGCAGAGGUUAGGGACAUGAUUUGGGACCACUAUCUCACAGGUCUGAACGUGCUGCAUCGCCAGUUGCCACCUGAUCAGCUUCCGACUGGUCUGAAUCCUGACCGGCAUUUUGCUGACAUGUCCAACCCAGAUGCUGCAGUCCGAAGCUGCACAAUGCUCACAGACCAGGAGCUUGCCUUUUUCCGCAGCCUUGAAUUUGGACCACGUUUACAAACGCUGCUCCAAAACCGACAGUGGCAACAGAUCUUGCGAGACAAGGCAGCCUGCCAAUAUAUGGCGCACAAAUGCAUCUUCUGUGGACAAUUUGUUGGCAGAGCACAUGCUAUGCACUUGCAUAUGAGGUGCCCUGAUGCCAAUGCGCUGCACCUGCAUUUGAUUGAUGUGCACAAAUUAGUGAGUCAGAUGAGACAGAUCCUUAGGGAUGCACGUGUGAGAAUGCUAGUUCCAAAGGGUUUUCCAGCUGCGCUGCGUUUCAAACUUGAACAAUGUCUGAUCAAUCAUGAUCUGCGACCGCUCUGGAAUGAGGAUGACUUGAUGCAAGCCUUGAGUCACCAAUGUUUGCUCUGUGGCCACAUUUGUCCAACAGCAGAACUUUGUCUUCACAUGUAUGAGGACACUUCAAGGCUCAGUGUCCCUGUGUACUUCAGUUGGCAGCUGUUCUUGCCUCCUUGCAUCAUGGCGGAAGAUUGGCAGAUGGACACCGAAGAUGCUUCCAGCCAGGUGUUCCAGGCGUUUCGCAGUCUGGCCCCCUUUCUGGAUGGAUCACUGAAGUUGACGCCCAACCCGGGAGCUCUCAAGAGACAAAAGGUCCGCCCAGACAGCAAGGACCACAAGGACGACAAAAGCAGCGUCGACUCCGGUCUGACGCCAGCCCUUCAGGUGAUGGCCAGGAUGCUGAUCCACCUGGACAGAGAUCAGCAAAUGCAGAAACGCGAGGACACAUACAUCUUCUUCUUCAACAGCGCGGAGGAGACAGGGUCCCUGCACCUUCUUCGCAAGACGGCAGAACAAUGGCACAACCAAUCGACACAGGGAUCAUCAUCAUUGAGGACACCGCUGAGGCAGCUCCUGUUACAGAAACUGUUUCAGGAUCUCAUGGACAGGAUUCAGAAGCUCCUGGAUGCCCCGGAGGGAUCAGAACUGAUGCAGAAGGCGAUGGACGCCAUGAUUCUUCUGCCAGACCGAACCUUCCCGUACCUGGAAUGGAAUCCAGUCAAGAAGGCGCUGCAGGUGUCCAAAAAGACACCCCUGAGUCUGAACAAAAUGCACCAGAACUGCACAGAGAUGUUGGACAUGCUGAGCGACCCAUCGAUCAUACAACGAUUUCAUGCCCUCCCAGUCAAGGAGAACAGCAAUGUAGCCCCCUGGCGUCUCCAAGUCAGCCUACGGGCGGACAGACCCUGGGAGCUUCUCCAAGCCCUUGCAAGUUCCAGCGUUUGGACACUGAUGGCUACGAGCUUGAAGCCUCACAGCAGGAUGCAAUCUCCAUUGGCGCUGCAACUGGAACAAAUGAUGGGCCUAACAACUGGGAAGGAUCACAAGAAAGGCAAGGGCAAGGGCAAGAGUCACAGACCCUCGCCGCAGACCACCAAGAAGUGCUGGGGACCGGCUGACAUGGCCGCCACUCAAAGUAGCAUCUCACAACAGGAUGCAGCGGAGUUUGUCCAGCAUUGGUUGCAAUUGUUGGACACGGACACAUUUGACAUGCGAUGGGAGAAACGCCUGACAGUUGCAGAUGAUGUGCGGGUGAUGGACACAAAUGCCAAACAUACUCCCAUUUGUUUCAAGUUCAAUGUGCAAACGAUGCUCAUGCAAACUUGUGAUUUGACCUCCCUCGGCGUUCACUGGCAUCAGGAUGAUGGGAUGCUCACGUGCUUGGUGACGGCCUCUGAUUGCUUGUGUAUUCACCUUGACCGCAGUGUACAUGGACCCACUGGUAUUUCCAAGUGCCUUAGCCCGUUGCAGUCGGACACUGAAGUUUUGUUGCCAAUCUUCAUUGGAGAUACUGAUUUUGAUCAUGUUGGAUAUACCAUUGUUGCCCUGAUGGCACAUCAGGGAAGUGAUGGCGCAGGUCAUUAUCGUACGGCCCUGAAGGUGUCACCACAUGUGCGUGAUCGCAUUGGCCCUGUGAGCUGGCUCCUCUUGGAUGAUUGGCGCAACCCUGAACCAGUCUGGAAUCUCCCAGCCUGGUUCACCAGCACCGUGACUGUGAUCUGGAUGGUGCGAACGGAUGUACUCCACCUGCAUGCUUUUAGAAGGACUGCAGUUGAAGAAUCCCAACGAGCGCUGUGGGACAUGCUUGCAACCAGGCCGACCCCUGGCGAUGAAGCAACAAACCAGUUCAUUGCCCAGGCCAACAAGGAGAUCUUCAGGCAACUUACCACCGAUUUUAUCAAGACCAAAUGGGCUGGACCCACAACUGUGAACCUUCCCGCUUACUCUUUACAAGAACUUCCUUUCACGGCUGAUGAGUUGGAACAGGACCCCAACAUGGACCACCUGCUGCCCAAUCUGAAUGCGGAGGUCCACUACAGCCUCAACGGGAGCUACAAGUUCCUCAGCACAGAGAAGCACCCAGGCAGCACAUCACGAGAGGACUCUGCCCGAGCUUCAAUGCGGCCAAGCCGAUGGAGGAACUACCGGCAACUUUCGAUGCUCGCGCAGAAGGUGGAUCACGAGCUCUUUUUGCCCUGGACCUUUGACAUGGAAGGCAUCUUUCAUCCAGCUGUUCUCUGCGAACAUGUGAAGCCGGUGGACACUCAGAUGGGCGAUGCCGAGAUCCUGGAAGCCUUCAAGGCGAUGGGGCCCCUCCUGAUGCAGGACAAGUAUCAGCGCGACACAAAAGAAGAAAAAGAUCCCAAAAAACACAAGAGGGAUCACCAUCAGGAACCACCGGCCGGGACACCCGAUGUGGCCAAAUUGGUGCGCCUCAUGGGCAACAUUCUGCUGCGCCUGGACUCCGACAACCAACUGAUGAAAAAGCAAGACUCUUUCGUCUUCUUUCUUCAAACAGCCGCCCCAGCUUUGUUGCCUCACUUGAUGACGAAAGCGAAGGAGUGGCAUGUGCAGAUGAAACAGAGGACCCAGGCCACAGAGGAACUGCCGCCAUACACCCCAUUGCGUAUGGUUCUCUUUCAGGACCUGACGAACAUGUUGGAGGACAGAGUGCUCAAGCUGUCGAAGGCUGGUCAGGAGGACGAACUGUGGCAGACAGCUCUGCAUCAUGGAGUCAUCACAGCGGAAGGAGGCUUCCCCUUUCAACGAUGGAGUCAGAUGCAGAAGAUGUUGGUCCCAACGAAGAAAGAUCACAUCACGAUGAGCAGGAUGAUCAAGUACAUGGAGCAGCUCAAACAGAUCUCCAGCGAUCCGAAUGCCAUCCAGAAAUUUCAUGCGUUGAGACCGGCGGAAAACCAACAGACAGUUCCCUGGAUCCUUCAGACGGGCAUGAGACACGACGAACUCCAAUCCUUGCUGGAGACAUUACAGGGGUCGACGGUAUGGGGGCUCAUUGGUGCAACAAUGAAGCCUCACUCACAGACGCAGAGCAAGCAAUGUCAGGAGCUACAACAAAUGUUGGGGAAGGGAAAGGGCAAACAGAAAGGGCACCCUGUGAAACCCAAAGGACAGGGCAAACAGACCCGACCACGCUGA